GCUGAGCAGCGUGGGGAGCUGGCCCUCAAGGAUGCCAAGAACAAGCUGGCUGGGUUGGAGGAUGCCCGGCAGAAGGCCAAGCAGGACAUGGCCCUGCUGCUGAAGGAAUACCAGGAACUGAUGAAUGUCAAGCUGGCCCUGGAUGUGGAGAUCGCCACCUACAGGAAGCUGCUGGAGGGCGAGGAGUGCAGGCUGAGUGGGGAAGGCGUCGGACAAGUCAACAUCUCUGUGGUGCAGUCCACCGUGUCUGGCGGCUAUGGCAGCGCUGGUGGCUAUGGCAGUGCCAGCGGCAUGGGCGGUGGCUCAGGCCUGGGUGGAGGCAGCGGCUACUCCUAUGGCAGCGGCCACAGCCUUGGAGGUGGCUUCAGUUCCAGCAGUGGCAGAGGCAUGGGGGGUGGCUUCAGCUCCUCUGGAGGCAGCAGUUCCACCAUCAAAUACACCACCACGUCCUCCUCCAGCAGGAAGAGCUACAAGCACUGAGUCCUGCCAUCUGGUCUUGGUCCCAUGUUGUCCCCGUCUACAGCGGCAUUGC